GUCUUUGGCGUGGAAAUUCUUAUGUACAGAGCCUUGCAAUUUGUAAAUUUAGGGUAGAACAGGAAACUCUCUGAGCAACUUAUUUGUGUAUUAAUUAAGAAGAAAUAGUGAGUCAACAUGAUUUGCUGUGAAGAAAGUUUGCAGAACAAAAAAAUGAAGACAAAGGACUGCUGAAAGCUGGCUGUGCAUGUGAGUUCAAAGACCUGCUGAAAAGUUGGAGAGACGCCGAAUCAAAUUCAUUCAAACUCUCCGGGGAAAAAAACAGAAAGGGAAUCGACAUUGUGGGAUGUAUCAGUAUCAAAAUGGUACCAUCUUCCACUUCUCUUUCAGAUGAGUACUUUAUAAGAUAAGUGGGUUUCAGUUCAGUGUUUCUUUCAUAGAAUGUAUGAAAAAUGGUUUUCUGUAUGAUUUCUGUAUAUAUUUUUUUCUUUCUUUCUGGGUCCCAAAGGCUUUCCCAUUAGGCACAACUGUUAAAUCUGUGAAAUUAAGACUUUAUUGGCAACUUCAAUGAGCUUGUAAGGGGGAAGUUUGAGAAGAAGAAAAGUAGGGGAAAGUUAGGUGGAAAGAGGUAGCUUCCCCUAGUCUGUUUUGGAAGUAUUCAUUCUAUAAUUGGAGGGAGAGGGAGGGAAAAAGGAUGGGUGCGAGUAAUUAAGGAAUACAACUGCCCCCAUCUGCACGGAGCUUUCUGAGUCAAUUCUUCAUAAAUGUGUUCUCUAUUUUCAUCUUCAUCAUUUCUAGAUGGACGCAUUUAACUUUCCAGAGAGAGAGAGUUUUGAAUCCUUUAUUGGAGGGAGUUCUUGAAGGCAAUUUGUUUUUCUUUUAUAUUUGGAAAUUUUAAUGUAUCUAUCUAACCAUUCCUUGUAAAUUGGUUUUCGUUUUGAAAUGUAUUUAUCUGUUAGGAUUGGGCAUCUACAAAUCUUACAUUUAUUCAGGCUACGCAUAAGUGAGGAUUUUCACCUUGUUCAGGACAUGUCUUUGAUAUAUACCUGGCACCCGCGCAGUUUAGCAAAAUGCCGAAUGGCGGGAAAACGGCUCACAAAGUUCCGACCUUCCUCAGAACCAACUAAUAGCCAAUCACAAUUCGCAGACUUCAUUCGCCGGAAUUCUAAGCCGACGAACGAGCAGAAGGAGCCAUUUCUGGUCGCCGUCGUCACUAUUACCCGGCCAAAGGAAAAGAUGAACCUGUAAACCGCAAAGGAGGUGGAGAAAAGGUCUGGUGCCGAAGAACGAGUACAGCAUCUCAUUCGAGCAUCCUCAGUUUCAGGAAGUCGCCAUGGACAAAUACUUGGUGCCUUCCGAAUCAAUAUCUCAAGUUCCUAAACCGUUGAGGAGGAAUAGGUGGAAAUUGAGCACCGUUGAAUUGAAUGGGAAGUUUGAUCCGAAGUAUCGCCAGGACUUGUCCGUGCUUCUUGUGCAAUCUUAUACCGAGGUUGGAGCAUUUCCUCAUUUAUAUCAUAUAAACGGCGUUUCUUGUCCAACGAGUAUGAAUCGAAUUGCCAAUGGAGCUCAGGAUCAUCAACUGCCGUUUAAGAAACAAGGCAUAUCUGCUGUGGACUUUGACAACAAGGGAAUAUACUUGGUUUCAGCAACGAAAGCAGGUUGUUUAACAGUGCAUGACUUUGAGAGUCUUUAUUUGCAGACUAAUGAAGCAGGCUUGAGUGAAGAUGAGACCAAACAUUUACUGCACCUUUCCCUAAAUGAACAGCUUGACUUUGUACGUUGGAAUCCUGCCAAUCAAGAUGAGGUGGUCUGUACGUCCAUGAAAAGUAAGGAACUAAAGAUCUUUGACAUUAGUUAUAUUUCUUCUAAACCAGUCGAAGUGUUGAGAGUAAGACAAAGAAUUAAUAAUUCAGGGUCUGAUAAUCAUAAAGGUUUAUCUGACAUAGCAUUUAUUUCAAAUAAUGCAAGGUUACUUGCAUCUGAUACAUGUGGUGUAAUCAGUAUGUGGGACAGAAGAAUUGGAAAACUUCCAUGUCUUGAGCUAACUAGUAAUUCAUGCAGUACCCUUAACAGAAUCCAGCUGAAUGAUGAAAACCAGAUUAUCUUUGGCGCUGGUAAGCAUGGAGUCAUCUAUAUUUGGGAUCUUCGUGGAGGGAGAACAUCUGGUGCUUUUCAAAAUCAUAAAGAGGUAUGCCAUCCUCCUCUAAAAUCAUUGAAGUUAGCCUCAAUUAUAGAGAAAAUUGGGACUUUGAAGGAGCAAGCGAAUAUCAUUCCGAAGGAAAUACACUCUAUUGAUCUCAACCCAGCUUGUCCUUAUCAGUUGGCCUUUCAUCUUGACGACGGAUGGUCAGGCAUUUUAGAUGUUUAUAAUUUUCAGGUCACACAUAUUCAUUGCCCGCCCCCAGCAUGGUUAAAUGAUUCCAACAUGCCCACAGAUCAAUUAUUUUUGAGAAAACCAUCAUGGCUGCCUACAGAUUCUAUCUAUUCAGUUGGGUCUCCUUCUGAUGAAGGCAUUCAUCUUUUGGAUUUUCAUCCCGACGUCCGCUCUCCCAGCCACGUGAACUUUAAUGAUGAGAUAUAUGGUGCUGGAGGCGAAAACAAAAGACGACAGAACAGGUUUGUGAAGUUGUCUGAAGGAGUUACUUCUUGUGCUGCUCACCCCCUCAAUGGCACCAUCAUAGCUGGAACCAAGAAUUCAUCUUUGAUCAUGAUUUCCCAGAAGAACCGAUCAUGUUAGAAGCCAGAGUUCCAAUUUGAAGCCGCUUUUAAGUUCAAUGGAAAAAGUGGUAAAGGCCGUUGCUAUCGAGUAAUCAAAAAAUGGCUUGGGAACUCAGGUGGGUUAGUGAUGGUCCGUUGCUUUGCUUUUUAUGCUCUUGCAAACUCAGUGUAUAUGAAUAUCAUGUCUAUUUACACCUGAUCAUAACAAAUUUAGUGGUAUAUUUUCUUGUGUUUUUUUAA